CUUUCUGUUUUUUCUUUCACUAUCAGGAAUGCUGGAAAUGUAGGGUGCAGAUGGGAGACCUCUGGCAUCUUCCACAUGUGUGGCACAACUCCCAGAAUAGUAACGAUUACCAGCAGAAAUGAUGGGAGAGGGAGCAUAUGUGGAAAUAACCGGCUCUGUGGCUUUGAUUGUGGCAGUUGCUGCUUGUGACUUUUGAAAAUGCAGUUUUACCUUGAAGAUAUUUUUAUUUUCUACUAAUUGCAGGGUUUUUUUUCCUUGCAUUUGAUGGGAUCAUUUUGCUCUUGAAGAUGUGAUUUUUUUUUUCUUUUGGACAUGCUUAAUGCAAGUUAAACAACUUACUGACAAUUUCUGUUCAGAUUAGUACUGUUUUUGUUGGAAGAGGAAACUGUCUAGGACUACCAAAGUCUACUUCCAAAUUCUGGGGGAUUUUGUACUGACAAAACACCCAACGUGAUCCUUUGACUACUCCUAGCUAUUUUUGUCCAAGAGAGGAGAACUGAGCCAUUGAGUCUUAUGCUGGUGCUGCAAUGCUGAGUUAUAGCUCGACUACUGUGAAGAAUCUUCCUCUGAAGAAGAGGCUCUGUUUUCUGCUGAAACUUGUGGGCUUUGUCACCUCAGUGUUCAUAUUUUGUGAAUUUUUAAUUUAUUAUGUGGUGAUUUUUCAAUGCCGAUGGCCAGAAGUGAAAGGUGGAGCUCCCAUGGGUGAAAAAGAGACUUCAGCUUCAGUCCUAAAGGCCAUGAUUUUAGCUGAUACUCACCUACUUGGUGAGAUCAAAGGACAUUGGUUUGAUAAACUAAGAAGGGAAUGGCAGAUGGAGAGAUCUUUCCAAACUGCCUUAUGGUUACUGCAGCCAGAUAUUGUUUUUAUUCUGGGAGAUAUCUUUGAUGAAGGCAAAUGGAGCUCACCUCAGGCAUGGGCAGAUGAUGUCAGAAGAUUUCGGAAAAUGUUCAAGUAUCCAGUUUCUACUGAGCUAGUGGUCAUUGUUGGGAAUCAUGACAUUGGAUUUCAUUAUGAAAUGACUACUUACAAGGUAAAUCGAUUUGAAAAGGUUUUCAACUUGACUUCAGGAAAGCUAAUAACUCGGAAAGGAAUAAACUUUGUCCUGGUGAACAGUGUAGCCAUGGACGGUGAUGGCUGUGCUGUCUGCAGUACCUCAGAGGCAAAGCUUGUGGCACUUUCUCACAAACUGAAUUGCUCCCUGCAGAAACCAAAUCAUUCCAACAAAAGAUGCAGUGAUGUGGAAGAGCUUCCAGCUUCAGAACCCAUUCUUUUACAGCAUUACCCUCUCUAUCGGAAAAGUGAUGCUGAAUGCAGUGGAGAAGAUUCUGCUCCUCCAGAGGAGAAGAACACCCCCUUUAAAGAAAAGUAUGAUGUACUGUCUCAAGAGGCAUCACAAAAGCUGAUAUGGUGGUUUCACCCCCGUUUGAUUCUCAGUGGACACACACAUAGUGCUUGUGAAGUGCUGCAUGCAGGGAAAAUUCCAGAAGUCAGCGUCCCGUCAUUCAGUUGGAGGAAUAGAAACAAUCCUAGUUUCAUCAUGGGCAGCAUAACACCAACUGACUUCUCCCUCCAAAAAUGCUUCCUUCCAUAUGAGAGCAGAGUCUUUACUAUAUACUGUGCAGCAGGUGCUCUGUUUGUGAUCCUGAUACUAGCUCAUGUUCAGCUUCUCACUCCACCGUUUUAUUUUGCUCAGCGUUUAAUCAGUAAGCAUAAAGCAGUAUGAAGAGCCAGACAUCUGCAUUCAGUCACUGAAAUACCAAAGCUGAGAACAGUCAAACAUCAGACUAUAUUCAUGCCAGCAAAUGACCUAAUUUGAUUGCUAGUCUGAAGGCAGGUUGCAUUUAUACAUACCAUAGAAGUCCUAUACAGCUGAUAUGACUACUACAGGAUAAAUAAUUAACUGAAAUGAACGUUUCAUGCUGUACAAAAAUACUGUAUUCGACAAUCAAAUGAGUCCUUUUCCUGCUAUAAUUUUUGUAUCAAAUAUGUAUAUUAAAAGUGUAACUGUACAUUA